CGCGCCUAACCUUUUAUGACGUCUCAAGCGCCAGCUAGACCGGAUACUUGGACCGCACCCGUCGUAGAUCGUCGCAAUUGUUUCGGUAGUUUCGAUUGUUACGGCAAACGUGUCAACAACUAUCGAAAGUGGCAUGAGACAAAAUUGCCAGGAGACGCAAUUAAGAGAACGUCGGCGAUUUUGCUUCAAGUUCGAAUAUUGUUUUAUGUGUUAAUUAUGCGAGUUAGCUUGAAAAGAGUUUGCAUUAUCUACAAUAAGUUACAGAGUUAGUGAAUGAAAAAUAAUUAUCAACAACAGCGACAAAGAAAUUUGAGAAAUAAAUAUGGCAGAUAGUAGGGCGCUAUCAUCGGAUAUAUUUAGCAAAAUGCAAGACUUCCCACCACUGGAAGCCACAGUAAAAAACAUUGGAAGAAAUUGGUGGAUGUGGAAGAAAAAUUUUUUAUCCUUUCUUCAGAAAGAAGAUCCCAAGGAAUUAUAUAAGGAUCAAUGGGUAACUUUCUUUUUAAUGCUGAUUGGACCACUUGGAAAACAAGCUUACAAGGAUCUUUCUUCUCGGAACGCUCAGCGAACGAAAGAAUUAAAAAUAUUACUAAGCGAUUUGGACCUAUAUUUUAUCUUUGGAGUCAAAAACAAGCCAACAGAUGAGAACAUUGAUAGAUACAUCGAUAGCUUAAUGCUUCUAGCUAUCGCGAGUAAUCACAGCGAUCCUGUGAGUAUCGUGAAGGAGAAGAUAAUACAAGAUAUCAGGAAUUGCAAUUUUACGGGAAAAACUAUGCUUUUUCUACAAUCGAGAGGCGAGAAUCUAGUGUCUUAUUUGCAGCUAUUGGAUCUCCACAAAAUCACACUGUUUUGGAAACACUGCGAGGAACUGACGGCGCAGACGAACGCGCCGAAGGAGGUGACCAUCAACGCGCAGCUCGGCGACGCGAGGUGCAUUCGUUGCGGCACUUGCCACGACAGGAACAAUUGUCCAGCGCACGGUAUGCAGUGCACCAAUUGCAAGGGGUACAAUCACUUUACAAGAAAUUGCAAGGUAAAGUACGUGCGCAACUGCACCAAGUGCGGAUUGGAUCACGUGCAGUCACGUUGUUUGGCUUUCGGCGAACGGUGCACGAAGUGCGGCAAGACGAAUCACUUCUCGUGGUUGUGUCAGGUCCCUGUCGUAAAAGAUUGCUCCAGAUGUGGUGGGGAUCAUGCCGUGUCCGCGUGCCCGGCGCAGGGUCGCAUGUGCUCUCGGUGUAACAAGCCGAAUCAUUUGAAGGAAAAAUGCGUGAGCAAACUAAAUGUUAAAGAGUGAUAGGAUAUAACAAUAUAAUAAUAAUACUACUAAUAGUAGUAUUCCUAAAGACCUAUUCUUAAAGGGUGCCUAUGUAUAGAUUGCUCACAAUUGUUCCUUGACGUAUUUGGAAUCGAUUUCUCCUGAACAAAAUCUUGUAAGAGGCGAAAAAUAACUAGGAGACUGCUUUAGAUUUGAACUCGAACUCUCCGGGAUCCCUGGUUCACACGCCUAGGUCUUAGGCUGUACGGCCAAUACUCCUACUGUUA